AUGUCAAUGGUACGCUAUCUGACUUACUCAAAUGAGUUCGAUACCAAGGGCCUUGUAGCUACAACCUCCGUCAGCUUGCCAAACGAAACGCACCCAGAGGCCAUCGAGCUUAUUAUCAGAGCCUAUGGUAAAGUUGUACACAAUCUAAACAAGCAUGUGCACCCCAAUGCAACGUUCAGUCCUGCCGAGGACCUUUUGAAACUCGUGAGGUCAGGCCCAGUGGUUUACGGGCGACAAGCUCUCAACGAGUCGCUAAGCGACGGUGCCAAAUUGCUGGUCGAAACGCUUGAAGCGGGCUCAGAUCCGUUAUUCGUCUCCAUUUGGGGCGGAGCCAACACCCUGGCGCAGGCGCUGCAGUUCAUCAGUACAGAGAGAACCCCCAAAGAAGCAGCCGAGCUUCGGUCUCGGCUUCGCGUCUACUCGAUCUCGGAUCAGGACGAUGCAGGGCCGUGGGUCCGGGUCAAAUGGCCAGAUAUCACGUACAUCGUCAAUGUUCACGGCUUCAGAGAAUACCAAUCAUCCACGUGGGCCGGCAUAGGCAGCGCAGACAACGGCGCUGCUAACGUGACGAAAGUACAAGACGAUUGGCUGACGCCGAAUAUCCGGAUCGGUCCUCUGGGUGAGGUGUAUCCCAAGAUUCUCUAUGGAAUGGAGGGGGACUCGCCCAGCUUCAUGUGGCUUAUCCAAAAUGGUCUUAAUAGUGCUUUGCGUCCGGACUGGGGUAGUUGGGGUGGGCGGUAUACCCGAGUUACAGAGGCCGAAGACAUCAACGAGUACGGAACAUCCAUGGACACGGCCGUUUCUGUGACAGGCGUGGAUCACCAAAGCCAGUAUGCCACUGUUUAG